AUGGAGACAUACGAGUGGCAGAAGAACAAGGCAGUCGUAGAUAGACUCUACUACACCGAGAGAAUCUUACUUGGCACCUCUCUUAUGGCAACAGGAGCCACCGCAACAAGCUUGCUCUACAUCUAGAAGAACUAUUUCGCAAACACCAUGAGAGCAAGAAUUCCAAAGGUGUGGACCUACUGGGCUGUAUUCAACGCCGUCUCAUUGUUCGUGCUUCUAAGACCUCUUACCAAGGAAGAAAUCACUGUUCAAUGGAGAAAGAGAAAGGUCAUGGGCAAAUGGCUUUACUCUCUCUACCAUCUCGACCCCAUUGAAGUUGCAGAAAAACCAAGCCACUGA